AUGGUGAUAUUACCGAUGAUGAUCGGAAUACUUGCAAUGAUGAUGGCUCCGGCGGAAGAAGAUGGGAGAGAUGUUGAGACAAAGGCGGAGAGAAGCAUCGCACAAAGAGUGGUUGUUACGACGACAGCAGCGUCUGAGACCGAGAGAAACGCCGAGACCGAGAAAAACGUGGCUGGAAGAAACGCGAUGGUGGUUGCGGCAGCAGCUGCGGCGACGGCGAUGGCCGCAGGGGCGGUGAGAGAAGCAACAGCGGCAGCGGCGGCUGAUAGAGAAGCUGCCACUGUGGUUGCGACGGCGACGGCGGAUAGAAAAGCUGCGGCCACAGCAGCGGCAAUGGCAGCGACAUCGACAGCGACUGAGGCGGCGACUGCGGCGGCUAAGGCGGCGACUGCGGCGGCUGAAGCGGCGACUGCGGCGGCUGAAGCGGCGACUGAGAUGACUACGUCGUCUAAGGCGGCGAUUGCGGCGGCUGAAGCGGCGACUGCUGCAGCGGCUGAGGCGGCGACGACUGCGGCGGCUGGGGCGGCGACUGUGGCGGCUGAGGCGAUGACUACGGCGGCAGCACGCAUCACGCCCACGUUGGAGCACAACGUCGAGGCACAAGUCGAAGUUCAGUACUGGCAAGAAAAUCUUUGA